UUUCGUAUCCAUAUCCUCGUUUCAGCUGAAAUAAAAUCGUCUUACACUGUUUAUAUAUUUCACAUUUUCUUAUUGUCACCAGCGUUGAAGUUCGCCGGUGAAAAGACUUUCCCGGGGAUGGGACGAGAGGGGGGGGACUAUUGACGGUGUAACACCAGGCUUGAGAAGAGGACGCCGCAGAGUUUCUUUGACGCCGCUCAUCCUCUUCUUCAUUGUCGUUUUGUUUGAGCUUCGUUCUCCGUCAGAUUACUCACAUUUUAUCCGCCGUAGAUGAGUCGCAGAGGAGACAGGGACGAUGACAGCUGCAGUAAACGGAGAGUGGCGUAUGUCUACAGCCCGGACUACUUGAAGACUUGCGACUCUUUAUCCAAAGUGCCGAAGCGGGCGAGUAUGGUCCACUCACUGAUAGAAGCAUAUGGACUCCUUGAACACAUGAGCACCAUUAAACCUGGACUGGCCACCAUAGAGGAAAUGGCCAAGUUCCACACAGACUCUUACCUGGAGCAUCUUCACAAAAUCAGCCAGGAUGGAGACAACGACGACCCCCAGUCAGUCGACUACGGCCUGGGUUAUGACUGUCCGGUGGUGGAGGGGAUAUUUGACUAUGCGGCAGCAGUAGGGGGCGCUACACUCACAGCAGCCCAGUGUCUGGUGGACCAAAAGUGUGACGUGGCCAUCAACUGGGCAGGGGGUUGGCACCAUGCCAAGAAGGAUGAAGCGUCAGGUUUCUGUUAUGUGAACGAUGCCGUGUUGGGAAUCCUCAGGCUGAGGGAGAAAUACGAGCGAGUCCUCUAUGUGGACGUUGACCUGCAUCACGGAGACGGUGUUGAAGAUGCCUUCAGCUUCACAUCCAAAGUCAUGACCGUCUCGCUGCACAAGUUCUCUCCUGGAUUCUUCCCAGGAACGGGUGACGUGUGUGACACGGGCCUGGGUAAAGGCCGUUGGUACGCCGUGAACGUCCCGCUGGAGGACGGCAUCAAGGACGACAGAUACUACCAGAUUUUCACCAGUGUGAUGCAGGAAGUGCGUGCACAGUUCAACCCCGAGGCGUUAGUGAUGCAGCUGGGCGCCGACACCAUGGCGGGCGACCCCAUGUGCUCCUUCAACAUGACCCCAGUGGGGGUGGGCAAGUGUCUGCAGUACGUCCUGGGGUGGCAGCUACCUACACUGCUGCUGGGUGGAGGUGGUUAUAACCUGGCCAAUACGGCGCGUUGUUGGACCUACCUGACGGCGGCGGUGCUGGGAAAGACUCUUUCCUCUGAGAUACCAGACCACGAGUUUUUUACAGAGUACGGACCCGACUACUCGCUGGAGAUAAGCCCGAGCUGUCGGCCAGACCGUAACGACACCAAACACCUGGACCAGGUCAUCAGCACCAUCAAAGGGAAUUUAAAGAAUGUGGUUUAAGAGUCAGCAGCCUCGGCCUCCUCCUCCACACACACGCUCACACACACACACCAUGUUUCCAAGACCAGGUCUUCGCGCGGCGGCUUUAAUGAAGACAAUAUGGAGUGGACCCCUUCGGCCCCGAGGCACGGAGCGAGCGAGAGAGGGAUGAAGGCAGGAAAAAGAGAGCGAGUGAGCGUUUUGGAAAACAUUAGCUGAGUGUUUCCAGGGAACAACAGUUUAAUAAGGAGGAGGAGGAGGAGGGUGGGGGGUUGAUGUGGUUACUCUGCAACGUUCACUGUUUUUAAUUCUUUGUUUUGUUCAAAAAGGUGUUUGUGUGAAUGAGAGAGUUUUGUGGUGAGUUCAGUGUGGGUAUGUAAAACUGAAUUACAGAUGAUUUUUUUUCUUUUUGUUGUUUUUUUUUUACGUUCAGUGCACCUUGAGUUGUUAGUAUCAAGGGAUGUGUUUGUGUACAUCCUAUCAGUUGGAGAUGUUUUAUAGCUAAAUGGAAAAACAGAUUCGUCAGGUGUCCGGUAAAGCGUUCACCUCGACGCUGCUGUGAUUUCAGCCCCCUGAGGACGGAUAAGCACUAAAACAGACACAAAGCCAAGGAUCUCCAAACGCCUCGUCAUACCGUGGGUUUCUGCACGGCCGCAGAAAGUCCUGAAAAGGACGUGAAGCGAAUCUGUCUUGAGAAACUUUGGAAGCUCACAAAUAAACAGGGUGGGGAAAACUUUGGAAAAUAGCCGGUUACGCAUCGCGGAAGUUGAUUUGCUCAGCCGCAUUGUUUAGACCUCUGGGCAAAAUCUGCAAAUUCAACAUCUGGACAGAGUUUGGAAUUUUAAAUGAAAAAUAUGCAGGGAAAGUUUAAGUUGUUUUUUUUUUUCAUCCCCUCCGCACAGACAGACAACAACAAAGAUUACAUGAAGGUUCAGCCGGUUUUACGUGUCUUUAACCUGUCAGGUGCGACUGGAGAAGGACUCCAAAUCAGCUCAUUUCAGAUCAAUAAACAAACAUGGCCGCUGCUUUAAAUGUAUCCUUGGCAAGUCUUGAAAUGUGGUGCUAUUCUCCACCCUGAGCCACGUAUCUCCCUUUGGGUUUCACUGCAGUUGGUCACUGAAAACAUAGAAAGAAACGUUGUGAAUCCACUCUGCAGCAUAAACAACAACAACAAUAAUAAUAAAUUAAUAAAACAUGAUCUCCGCUGUAGUUACCUUCAAAUAUAAGUAAAAAAUACUUUGCUGUGGGUCGUUAAAAUGCCUGAAACUGGAUACAACUUACAUCUGGUUGGUCCCAUGUCUGUAGAAGUGUAGAAAACAGAAAUUAAAAAACAAAUCUUGUUUAAUCCCCCCCACCGAUCUGAAGUGUUUGUGAUGUGGCACCUCAGUCACACUGCACAGCUUUAACCGCUGAACAGGGACCAGAAUCCUCAAAUCCUCUAACGAAGCUCAGGCGCGUGUGGGAUCGCAACACGAGUGGAAAAAACAAGUGAGGGCUCGGUGUUUGGAAGCUGAAUCUUUCCAAUAAAUCUGAACGAUUGCGUCAAUCAGUCCCAGUGUUCAGGGUCAAAACUCUUCUUUUUUUAAAAUAAAAGUCUGUUUUAUUUUGAUCUUCGAAAUAAUAGAGCUUUCAGGCUUUCAGCAACAUGUUGUGGUUUUCCUCCAGUCCCCCAUACCUCCUCAGACUCCAUCUGCUGUGGUCCAAAGCUCCUGGGAAAGAUAGAAAGGUUUCUUUUGAAGUGUCAACACUUCUUCUCUGUUUUCUUUUAAUUUUUCUUGAAGAAAAACUAAAGGAAAGCUCUGGCCGAUUCUGCGGCUUCAAGAAGCUGCUGACUGAAAACAUUUUUCUCUCUCUGUUUUAAAGGCUUCACUGCAGAGUUUAAUUCCCAAAAGUGACAACACUUUUCCCGAAGCUGUAAACUCGCUGUCAUUUCAUCGAAAUCUUUAAACGCACUGCAGAUCGUCUUGAAAUCUUGCGCAGGAAUGUUUCAGCACAAAGUUCACCUGUCAGAUUGCUCAAGAGCUUAAAAUUAUUUUUCCUUUUACGUGUCUGUGCCUUUGGUUUCACAGAAUGACUUUUUAAAUAAACAGUUUCCAUGUUUUGAUGUA